AUGGGAGAACAUUCAUUUUCGCUCCAAUUCAAUCCUUUGCAAAGGAUUAAGACAGUUAAGGAUUACGAGAAAGAGAUUGAGGAGCUGAGAAACGAAAACUUCGAGAUCAAGCAUCAGCUUUCUCAUUACAAGGCGAGCUCUGGGGGAAACAUCCAGGAGGAUAUCCAGAAGCUCCUUCUCGAUAGCAAAAGGUCAAUAGACAUUCUUGAGGGUGAGAACGAGGAACUCAGCAAGCAAGUUGAAAGGAUGGACGAAAUGGUUAAGAAGGCAAGGAAGGAGAAGGAAAAUGCCGAAGCCAAGCUGAAGGAGGACCUGGAGGGGUGCCUCAACAAGAUAUCCAUGCUUGAGGAGGAGAACGGCAGGCUUCUAAAGCACCUGGAAAGCGUGAACGGAGUCAAUGCCAAGCUGAGAGAGGAGAAUGGGAUGCUAGAGGAAUGCUUCAACAGAAGCAAGAAUGCAAUCGACGAGCAGAAGAGCCUUAUUGAGAAGAUGGCAAGCGAGAAGGAGGAGAGGUCACAGGUUGAGAAGGAACUAAUGUCCUACAAGAAUGCUCUUCUGAACAGUAACAAGGAAAAGGAUCAGAUUAUGUAUGAGCGUGAAAGAGAAAGAAGUGAGUACAACAAUAAGAUAUCGCAGCUUCAGGGUGUUGUAGGGUCUUUUGAAGAGAAGAUGAAUCUCAAGGAGGCGGAGAUGAACCAGAUGAGGGAGUAUUACAAAACCAUGGAGGAUGAGUAUAAGGAGAUGUACAGACAGAAGCAAUCGAACGAGCUGUAUCUCAAGGAGAUGGGGGAGAACUACAUGCGAGAGACAAGAGAGAAGCAAGAGCUAGCAUUGAGAAACGAAGAUCUGCGAAGGGAGAUUGAGCAAUUGAAGACCUCUCGAAAUGAUCUAAAGAAGAGGCUUGAGGUUUGUGAGAAUGAAAAGAGGGCUCUGUCGUAUAGAGUGUCGCAGGAUGUGCCUGGAAAUUCUGAGUUUUACAGAAUUAAAGGGGAGCUGGAAAAAGUAAGGAGGGAAAAAGGGCUGCUUACGGAGGAAAUAGAGGGACUCAAGAAAAAGUGUCUAGAGUGUACCACUGACCUAGAAAGGUCAAGGGAGCUUGAGAUGUUUCUAAAGGAUCUUCUCCAAGAGAAGGGACGGGAAUGCGAUCGAAGAUUGGGAGAGAUCGAAAAGAUGGCAAGCAGCAUAGAAGCCAAAGUGGAUCUGGCAACGAAGGCGCUUGGAGAAAGAAGGCGCUGGAAUGGCGCAGAAGGAGGGACAGACACCUUGUUGCACGAGAUCAAGGAGCUCCAAGAUAAGGUCGAAGAGUACAGAAGAAUGGCUGCUAUUACUGAGGAUAAUAAAAGAUUUCUCAAGGCUCUUGGUGUGGAUCCAUUGGAGCCACUUGACGAGAUUGUAAGGAAAUUCCGAGGCACAUACAAGGAGGCCAUUAGAAAGAUGAGGGUAAUGGACAAGGAGGCUAACGAGGCGAUGAGGUUUGCAGAGGAUAAUAAGGAUGUGAUGGAUAAGAGAACAAUGAAGUUCCUGGAGGACUUUACCAGGGAAUUUAACAUUGCCAGAAAAGAUUUGGAGGUCUGUAAAAGAUAUCUUGAGAAGAAAGGUAAAGAAAAUAAAGAGCUGAAGGCAAGCAACCAGGCUUUGGAAAAGAAGUUCAAUGAGUGCAGAAGGAAUGAGGAAAAAAUAAAGGAUCUUUAUUCAGCAGUGGUCGACAAGCUCAGAAGGAAAGACGAGGUCAUAUCCAAGCUGGAGAUGAGGAUAGGUGCGAGGCUUUAG